CAUCAAUGGAAUCUAUUUAAUCACAAAAAUAAGAUUUUAGCUAUUCGAUACACCAAUAAUUUUCCCAUUAUUUAUUUAUUUUGAAAUGAACGCCAUUUUAAAAACACUGUACAUAUUAUUUUCUUGUUUUUUAGUAGAAUCUCAAGGAGUGUACACAAGAAAUAAAUACGACAAUUCAGAACAACUGAACUACUUGUCCAGUUUUUUCAAGUCAUUUAAUCACAUUUUUUCCAAAAGACUUAUUCCUGAACAGUUAGACCACCUCAUUCACUCCUAUUUGAGGACCGAUUUCGAAGAUAGAAAUGAAUUCAAUCCAGUGAUCUUUUACACAGGGAACGAAAACCAACCUUCCUCAUCCGAAUCUGAAGGUUUAAACAAUGGAUCCUCGGAUAACUCAAUUGCAGAGUGUCUUUUAUCAGAAGAUGAGAACUUUUCUCAAGUUGUCCAGAAGUUCUACAUGCCCUUGAAAGAUGCAGGGUCAUUUGCAAAGAAUUUUAACUCAAAAGUUGAAGUUUUGGGAAACAGUCAAGAACGUUUCAAGGUUUUGAACCUGGAAGGAAGGGAUCCAGAAUCUGAUGUUUCUCGAGUGAUGAAAAAGAUGAACAUUAAAUGUACCGCAGUACGUGCAGAUAGUAUUUCAGAAACAUGUAAGGCAUGUCUGUAUUUUGAAGAAAUAGUCUUGAAAAGACACUUUAGAUACGGCCAUAUGGUGGAUUGCGGUGUGAUGGAGUGUAUGAACGGCUAUGAUAAGAAGCUAACCAACAGCCCUAGUAAGGGUUAUUUCUUUAACGACUUUGUAAAGUACCAUCCAAUCUGUAUCACCUAAUAAUAAGAACAUAUAAAUAUAUUAUUUAUUUUA